CGGAUUUUGUGUUCCCCGAAGAUGCCCCCAUUAAACUUCAGAAUUCCAGCUUUGGUCCUCUGUGUUUUUUUUUCACAGAUAUGCUCUGGUUUUUGUUCUCAGGUGUAUAUUGUUUAUCUGGGUGGUAAAACCAGUGAUGACCCAGAUGGGAUUUUGGAGCAAAACCACCAAAUGUUGGCUUCUGUUCAUGAAGGAAGUUUGGAGAAGGCCAAAGCUUCAGUUGUUUAUAGUUACCACCAUGGGUUCAGAGGAUUCUCAGCAAAGUUAACAGAAGCCCAAGCUUCCAUCCUUGCUAAGAUGGAUGGAGUGGUUUCCGUGUUCCCCAACGUGAAAAGAAGGCUUCACACUACUCAUUCAUGGGAUUUCAUGGGUCUUAUUAAUGAUGAAUCAAUGGAGAUUCCUGGUUUCUCCACCAAAAACCAGGAAAACAUCAUAGUUGGUUUUAUUGAUACAGGUAUAUGGCCUGAAGCCCCUAGUUUCUCUGACCAAAUGAUGCCUCCUGUUCCUUCGAGAUGGAAAGGCCGAUGCCAAACCGGCGAGGCAUUCAAUUCUUCAACCUGCAACAGGAAAGUUAUAGGAGCAAGAUAUUACUUGAGUGGAUAUGAAGCUGAACAAGGAGGGGAUAACAAUCCCACUUUAAGUUUAGAUAAGACAGUUAAAUUCAAGUCACCAAGAGAUAGCAAUGGCCAUGGAAGCCACACUGCUUCAAUUGCCACUGGUCGCUAUGUAGAGAACAUGAACUUUAAUGGAUUAGCAAGUGGGGGGGCAAGAGGGGGAGCACCCAUGUCUAGAAUUGCGGCAUAUAAAGCUUGUUGGGACUCAGGAUGUUUUGAUUCAGAUAUAAUGGCUGCCUUUGAUGAUGCUAUCAAAGAUAGGGUGGACAUAUUAUCGGUUUCUUUGGGACCUGAUUCUCCACAAGGAGACUAUUUCAAUGAUGCAAUCUCAAUCGGGUCUUUCCAUGCAGUUAGCCAUGGAAUUACAGUGGUUUCCUCUGCGGGGAAUGAAGGGAAUCGGGGCACUGCUACUAACUUGGCACCAUGGAUGAUCACUGUUGCUGCUGGUUCGACUGAUAGAGAAUUCACAUCUGAUAUCAUUCUUGGAAACAAUCAGACCUUCACGGGUGACAGCCUUACUAUCACAAAGAUGAAAAAGUCAACAACCGUCAUAUCUGCAUCAGAUACAAAUGCUGGGUACUUCACUCCUUAUCAAUCAAGUUUCUGUUUGGAGAGCUCUUUGAAUAGCACAAAGGUUAGAGGGAAGGUUCUUGUAUGUCGCCAUGCUGAGAGUUCCUCUGAAUCGAAGCUUGCGAAGAGUUUAGUAGUGAAAGAAGCUGGUGGGGUAGGGAUGAUUCUCAUCGAUGAAGUCGAUAAGGGUGUUGCCAUUCCCUUUGCUAUACCAGCUGCCAUUGUUGGCGCAAAGAAAGGCACUAGUAUUUUAUCAUACAUCAACCAUACAAGGAACCCCACAUCUCGAAUCGAGCCAGCGAAAACCAUAAUGGGUUCUCUACCGGCCCCUCGAGUGGCUGCCUUCUCUUCCAAGGGUCCUAAUAGCUUAACGCCAAACAUUCUCAAGCCUGAUAUCAUGGCACCGGGCCUGAAUAUACUAGCUGCUUGGUCUCCAGCUAGUAAAAAGAUGGAGUCCAAUAUACUUUCUGGUACAUCUAUGGCUUGCCCACAUGUAACAGGAAUUGUAGCCUUGAUCAAAGCUGUGCAUCCAACUUGGUCUCCCUCUGCAAUCAAGUCCGCUCUCAUGACCACAGCUACUAUAUUCGAUAAGAAUGGCAGUGUUAUAACUGUUAAUCCUGAAGGCCGGCCUGCAAACCCGUUCGAUUUUGGAGCCGGUUUCAUGAGACCUGAAAGAGUCCUGAAUCCUGGCCUAAUCUAUGACUCGAGACCAAAUGAUUUCAAGGACUUUCUCUGUUCUAUUGGUUAUGAUAACAAGUCAUUAAGGCUGAUUACAGGAGAUAAUAGUAUCUGCACAAAGAGUUCCACAGAUUCUACCCUGAAUUAUCCUUCGAUAACAGUUCCUGAUCUUAGAGAUAAUUGUUCAAUUACUCGAACGGUUACUAAUGUGGGGAAACCCAAGAGUAUUUACAGAGCGAUGGUUUCGAAGCCAGCUGGAGUUGAAGUGACAGUGGUUCCAAAGCUUCUGACUUUUAAAAGUUUCGGAGAGGAGAUUAAUUUUACAGUGAAUUUUAGAGUGGUUGCUCCCUAUAAAGGGUACUCAUUUGGCUCUUUGGCAUGGAAGAGGGGGAAAGUGAGGGUGACCAGCGCUUUGGUUGUGAGAGUUGGACCUUCGGGUCAUGAAUCAACAAGCUGAAUUUUUCACCAUGGCCAGAGGAAGAAAUAGGAAAGAGAGAAAAGAAAGUUGAUGUUCAUAUACAGAUAUACGGUGGGGUACUGGAUUUAUUCUGUUUGACCUUCACAAACUCAUAGUGGAAGGGAAAUUGUUGGGGAACUCUGAGAAUCCUCAAAGUUCUCAUGUACAAUAAUUAAUGUUUUAAAGGCAUUGGCAUAUCUUAUAUUCCAUUUAUCAUUGAUUAA